AUGAAAGUGGAAAGAGUGCGUCAGCUGGAACGGGGUUACAGUAUGGAGACACAUGACCGGCCAACGUAUUCGGAAGAAAUGCGCCGUCUGGCAGAGGAAAGGAAGCGCGAUGAACGCGAAAGGGUGGCGUCGAAUGAAGAAGCCGAAAAUCGAAAGUCGCGCAUUCAACGACAGCCACCUGUUCAUCUGACACGAAUCAGACCGCCUUCUUAUGUCAUUCAGCGGAAAACGCACGAGCCAGAGACGAGUGCAAGGCCAUCUGAACGACAUCCUAUAAUGGAAAUUCUCGAUCCUCCAAGAGCCUCAUGUGGAUCGCCCCCUGGCACGAUGUCCAGUCGCCUACCGAAACCGGACAAGAAGUCAUGGCUGGACAAGAUUCGAAGCAUGAAGCGAUCA